AUGCUUUGCUCACUUUACGAUGGAUUGGUUCCAAUGGGUGUCCAUGAUCAUCGCUACGCCUUUGUAAUUUUUGUAUCUGAAGGAAUCUUCUUGAGCUUUUCCCAAUUUGGACAACUAGCUCUCUCUAUUCGUUGUGGUUUCAUAACAGUUACUUAUGCAAUUCUUCAUGCCCAUUUCAUCUACAGAUACCUCGUAUUGAAUAGGUCAAUUUUCAUCCAAAAAUAUUUUAUUCCUUAUGGACUCAUUCUAACUUUUGUUUACUGUUUCUCGCACAUGAUACUGUGGACGGCGGUUUGCGAAUACUUUUUCUACGGAGACCAUGAACGAAAAGAAUACAUUCAUGACUCUUUCAAACAAUUGUACAACUUGACAUCGUAUGACUUCAAUAUGGUUAUAGCACUUUACUGGGAAGGAAGUAAUGAGGCGAUAAUGAACAAUUUGAAAUCCCACUCGAACAUAAGUGUCAAGACCCUUCGCCUCCAACACCAACUUUUCCAAGCUCUCACAGUGCAGACAUUGAUUCCAAUAUGCGUUAGUUUGAUGCCAUGUAUGGCUGUAUGGUUUGGUCCUGUGUUCCUUUUGGAUUUCUUUCCAAUUUAUCUUGCUGCAACUAUCGCUGCAUCUGCUUUUCCUUGUAUUGACCCAGUUGCGAUCAUCUUCUUUCUUCCAUGCCUUCGGAAGAGAUUAUACUUCAUUGGAUCUGGACCAUCGACGUCUUCGACAACUCAUCCUAACUCAUCCUUCCGGAUAUCCUAA